UUCUCCCACUACCACAACCUCAAAUAUACCUAUCCACCGAUCUUAUUCACAAUUUACCCCCAAAUAAUGUUGAAGCCGCAUGUUUACCAUCCUCACACCACCACCAAAACCCUAGCCUCGCCAUUGCAUAAGCCAUUUUCCCACGGCACUGCCCUCGCAUUUCUUCCUUUCAACGCCUGUUCUUCAUUGGGCAAGACAGCGAAACCUUUUAAAGCCAGGGUUGUUCCGAACAAAAUCAAAGCCGCGGUAGACGUUAACUUCACCGAUGAUGGUAUCCUAACUGACUACACUGUGAAAGGUGUGGUCACAGUUAAACAAACUGUAGGUGGUUUCCUCUCCAACUUAGGGUUAAGUAGAGGGAUAGAUGAUAUCCAAGACUUGCUCGGCAAAUCAAUCCUCUUGGAGCUUGUCAGUCUCGAGCUGGACCCCAAAACGGGGCAAGAGAAGGAGACGAUCAAAGCGUAUGCACAUCGAGUAAAACAGAAGGGUGACGACGUGACAUAUGAGGCGGAAUUCAAAGUAGGCCAAGAUUUUGGGGAAAUAGGUGCUGUGGUCGUUGAAAAUGAACAUCACAAAGAGAUGUUUUUGGUGGAGAUCGUGCUUGAUGGUCUCACUGAUCCUAUUACCAUCAGCUGUAACUCUUGGGUUCACUCCAAGUUCGACAAUCCUCAAAAGAGAGUCUUCUUCCCUCCCAAGUCAUACUUGCCGUCACAAACACCAAGCGGAUUAAAGAGAAUGAGAAAGGAAGAGUUGCAGGCAUUGAGAGGGAACGGCGUGGGAGAGCGCAAGUCUUUUGAGAGGAUAUACGACUAUGAUGUUUAUAAUGAUCUGGGCGACCCUGAUUCUGAUCUCAAGAAGAAAAGACCAGUGCUCGGCGGCAAUAAACAGUUCCCUUACCCUAGACGUUGCCGGACUGGUCGCCCUCGCUGUGAAUCAGAUCCAGAAUCGGAGACAAAGAGUAAUAUGUUCUACGUGCCAAGGGAUGAGUGUUUUUCGGAGGUGAAGCAACUGACAUUCUCGGCAAAGACGGUGUACUCGGUGUUUCAUGCGGUGGUCCCAGCGCUUCAGACGGCGAUUGUAGAUAAGGAUCUUGGGUUCCCAUACUUCACAGCCAUCGACCAACUGUUCAAUGAGGGGGUUGACUUGCCUCCCCAGGAGGGAAACAAUAAGUGGAGAGAAAUUCUUCCUAGACUACUCAAGGCCAUUUCUGACAGUGACAAUGCCUUGCGCUUCGAAAUUCCUGAAACCAUGGAACGAGACAAAUUCUUUUGGUUUAGGGAUGAGGAAUUCGCUCGACAAACUCUUUCUGGGAUCAACCCAUAUGCUCUUCAAUUGGUCACGGAAUGGCCACUGAAGAGCAAACUUGAUCCUGCAAUCUACGGCCCCCCGGAAUCGGUAAUCACCAAAGAGAUGGUCGAGCAACAAAUCCGAGGUUUCUGCUCAUUGGAGGAGGCAUUGGAGCAAAAAAAGUUGUUUGUCCUAGAUUACCAUGACCUGUUACUACCAUACGUGAAGAAAGUUAGACAGCUUCCAGGGACAACAUUAUAUGGAUCACGCACGCUAUUUUUCUUAAACCCGGACGAGACUCUGAGGCCUUUGGCCAUCGAGCUAACUCGCCCCCCUAUGGAUGGGAAGCCACAGUGGAAGGAAGCAUAUAGGCCUUCUUGGCAUUCUUCAGGUGUCUGGCUUUGGAGGCUUGCUAAAGCUCAUGUGCUUGCUCAUGAUUCCGGUUAUCACCAGCUUAUUAGUCACUGGCUAAGAACCCAUUGUUGUACUGAACCUUAUAUAAUUGCUACAAAUCGACAACUCAGUGAAAUGCAUCCAAUCUAUAGACUGCUCCAUCCCCAUUUCCGUUACACAAUGGAAAUCAAUGCACUAGCUCGAGCCUAUCUAAUAAAUGCUGAUGGGAUCAUUGAGACCUCCUUCAGCCCUGGCAAGUAUUCUAUGGAGAUUUGUUCUGUUGCUUAUGACCUUCUAUGGCGAUUUGAUCAUGAAGCACUCCCCGCAGACCUAAUUAGCAGGGGGAUGGCUGUUGAAGAUCCAGAUGCUCCUCAUGGCCUAAGGUUAACGAUCAAGGAUUACCCUUUUGCCAAUGAUGGACUGGUUCUCUGGGAUAUUCUCAAAGAAUGGGUCUCUGAUUAUGUGAACCAUUACUAUCCAGAGGCAAGCCUAGUGGAGUCAGACGAAGAGCUUCAAGCAUGGUGGACUGAAAUCCGUACGGUUGGGCAUGGUGACAAGAAAGAUGAACCCUGGUGGCCUGUCCUCAAAACACCACAAGACUUGAUCCAAAUUGUUACAACCAUCACUUGGGUAACCUCAGGUCAUCAUGCAUCUGUCAACUUUGGACAAUAUACCUAUGCCGGUUACUUUCCCAGCAGGCCAACGAUUGCUAGAAAGAAUAUGCCAACCGAAGAGGCAACUGAAAGAGAUUGGGAGUUUUUCAUGAAUAAACCUGAAGUUUUACUCCUACUGUGCUUCCCUUCACAAAUUCAAGCUACCACGGUGAUGGCUAUUUUGGAUGUGUUAUCGAACCAUUCUCCGGACGAGGAGUACUUGGGAGAAAAAUCGGAGUUGGCAUGGGCCAAAGAUCCUGUGAUACAAGCAGCAUUUGAAAAAUUUAAUGGGAGGUUAAUGGAGCUUGAAGGGAUUAUUGAUGAGAGGAAUGCAAACAAGGAUUUGAGGAACAGAAAUGGUGCUGGGAUUGUGCCAUAUGAGUUUUUGAAGCCAUUCUCUGAGCCUGGGGUCACUGGGAAGGGAGUUCCAUAUAGCAUCUCCAUCUGAGCUUAAUAUCUCAAAUUGUUCUGUUAUGGGAUGCUCGAAUGGCUUCGGGGUAUGGUAUGGACAUGUGUCUACUUGAAAUAAAAUUGACCUCUUUAAAAUAAAAAUAAAAUUGAGAGCUUGAAAUAACUCAAAAA